AUGAGGUGUGAGGCCCUGGUGGUGAAGCACCGUGUGGGAGAUGUAGAGCGUGGCGAUGACCCAGAGUGCUGCGAGGCAGAGGAGGAAGGGCAUACGGAUGCAGUAGAGGAGCUCGUCGAUCUGGCGGAAAAGGUUGGCGAAGUGGUUGGAGUGGACGACUUGGCUGAGCUGCGUGCGGAAAUUACGGCAAUAUUUUCUGUUAUUGCCGUGCAAGGCUCUCGUGUUUCCAAAUGUAAAUCCGUAUGCGUGAAACGUCGGCAGGACGCCGUGACAGCUCACCAGUGCCUUGCACUUGCAGUUGAGGUCGACGCCAUGUUGGCCCGGUCUGCAGGGACACGUCGAGCACCCGGAGCUUGCGCAGUCAAUGUCUUGAAAGGCGUUGAGCAGUUGCUCGAGCAGGUACCAGAAUCGCCAUGCGGUGUAUAUGACCCACGACAAAUAUACCUCCGCGUGCUUCUCGGGGAAGGUGUGGUAGGCGUGGAAGGAGAGCGGUUGGAGGUAGGGGGCGCAGGUCAGUGA